CUCAUUUUCGCUCCGCCAACAAUUUCUAGAUUUAGGUUUAGCGCGUAAAAGCACCAAACACAGUUCCUUCUUUCUUUUUGGAGUUAGAGCAGGACAACUCGUCUGAUUAGCGGUAAUCUGAAAUCGCCAUUUUGCUUUGCAAUUGCAUAUUGGAAAUCCUUCUAUUCUCCAUCUUUUUUCUCUUCAAUUCACAUCGUUAAACCUAAAACGGUGCGUUUUCUGGAGGUUUCCCUCUCUCCCGAUAAGCACAGUAGCAAUGGCAAAUACAGCGGCUGAUUCGCGCAGCAAUAGAGCAGCAGUUCAAGCCACGAAUGACGACGCUUCAGCCAGUAAAUUGUCCUGUGUUAAGAAGGGAUACAUGAAGGACGAUUAUAUCCAUUUAUUUGUAAGACGACCUGUGAGGAGAUCCCCAAUAAUCAACCGCGGCUACUUUGCACGUUGGGCUGCUUUUCGGAAGCUUCUAUAUCAGUUCCUUGAUUGUGAAAAGAAUGCUAAUGAAGGCGGUCACAUCAAGAAGCAGAUAUUGUCGCUCGGAGCAGGCUUUGAUACCACGUACUUUCAGUUACAGGAUGAGGGUAAAGCGCCUUCCCUAUAUGUGGAGCUGGAUUUCAAGGAGGUAACUAGUAAAAAGGCAGCAAUUAUUGAAUCCUACAGUCAGUUAAGGGACAAAGUUGGGGCUUCGGCAUCAAUCUCACGAGAAAAAGGAGAAGUGCUUAGUGACCAGUACAAGCUUCUACCAGUUGAUUUGCGUGAUAUACAAAAACUAGAUGACAUCAUCACAUUGGCUAAUAUGGAUCCCAGCUUGCCAACGUUUAUAAUUGCAGAAUGUGUCUUAAUAUACUUGGAUCCAGAUUCAACCUGUGCUAUAGUUGGCUGGGCAGCAAAGACAUUUUCAACUUCAGUUUUUUUCUUAUAUGAGCAGAUCCAUCCUGAUGAUGCUUUUGGGCAGCAAAUGAUAAAAAAUUUGGAGAGUCGUGGCUGUGGACUACUAGGGAUUUAUGCUACACCAACUUUGCUUGCAAAGAAAAAACUUUUUCUUGAUCAGGGAUGGCAGAGGGCUGUUGCUUGGGACAUGCUGAGAGUUUAUAGCGAUUUUAUUGAAGCUCAAGAAAGGCACAGGAUUGAACGGCUGGAAUUAUUUGACGAGUUUGAAGAGUGGCACAUGAUGCAGGAGCAUUACUGUGUGACUUACGCGAUAAAUGAUGCCAUGGGUCUCUUUGGGAAUUUCGGUUUUCCUACCCACCAGCAGCACGUGAUCAACAACCCAAUUGUAGCAUCUCCAUGAAAGCCCAAGGUUGCAGUAGACCAGAGUGUGGCUGGUCUUGCCAACUUCGGUUAAACAAGUAGUAUCAGAGCAGCACCAAUGACUGACACGUGCCAGUUAACCAGGUUAAGAGGUUGUCAGGUAAGAAAGGUCUCUCAAGCUAGUAGUUAGUCUUUAACUAAAAGUCUCCAUAAGGAUUGAUCGCUUGUGUGGAUGGAUCCCUCUGCAUCAUUUGUCUGACUCUAGAAGACAGAUCCUUUCUUUUUCUUGCUAGCUGUUUGGCAAAAGAAAUCGUGGUGGGACCCUACAGCACCGAUUGUGUCAUAUAAUGGCUUGGGGGGUCCAUGUCAUGUGGAAAUAUACGGGCAUCGUUGGUUGCUUUUCAAUGUAUUCCCCCUAGAUUUUAUUUUUCCUUCA